AUGUCGUGCGUCCAUUAGAAGUUCUCCUCCAAGCUGAACUAUGACACGGUCACCUUUGACGGCCUCCGCAUCUCCCUGUGCAACCUCAAGUGCCAGAUCAUGGGCCACGAGAAGCUGAAGGCAGCCAACUGUGACCUGCAGAUCACCAGCGCCCAGACCAAAGAAGAAUACACAGAUGAUAAUGCCCUGAUUCCUAAGAACUCAUUGGUAAUUGUUAGAAGAAUCCCUGUAGGAGGAGUUAAAGCUACCAGCAAAUCCUGUGUUCUAAGUCAAACUGAGCCAGCUGUGAAUAACUUCAAAAAUGGAACUGGCUACACAAAAAGGCUCCGUCAGCCGAUUCAGCAGCAACAGCAUCAGCAGCCACCACCGCCACCCCCUCCACCGCCGCUCAUGACUGUUCCACCUCCUGCUGCUCUGGUGAGUGCCGCUGAACUUCCUAAAUUUUCCUCUCGGUCAGUCAGCAGUUUGUUGGAAGAGAAG